AUGUUUUCAUGCAGACAAGGAUAUCAAAUGUUUGGAGUAACAACAUCAUUCGUUGCAACAAGAAGUGGAUUGUUAAGAUGGAAAGAUCAUGGAAAUUCACCUUCGGAUAUUUCUUCUCCGCAUUUUAGUGAGACCAAUAGAAGAGCAAUCGACGAAUUGUGGUAUAAAAGAGCAGUUCAUCAACACACGAUCGAGCCAGAAAGUUUUGUAUUUUCUGUACCUUUUGAUGCUGAUAUGCAAAAAAGACCAUUGGUAACUGCAACUCAUGCUGUUUUUGUCGAACACAAAGGACAUAGAGCUCCUGCUGCUGUCGUCGGUCUUCAAUUUCAACAUUCCACGUUGGCAUCACAUUUUAUUAACAUCACAUCAGCGUGUACCGGAGGAAUAGAAUGCAGAAGAAAUUGCGCUUCUCCUGAAUUAGAUUGUUACGUAUUAGAUAAUAACGGAUUCAUAAUAUUGUCAGAAUCGUCUGAACAUACCGGAAAAUUUUUCGGUCAAAUUGAUGGUACCAUAAUGGAUUCUUUAGUUCAAGAUAGAAUUUAUAAAAAAGUAGCAGUCUACGAUUAUCAGGGUGCUUGCUACGACGAAAAAUCUCCCUACAGCGAUUCAGCUUCUUUUUCAUCGCCUUUUCAACCGGCUAAAAUGCUAAUUUACGGAAUAAUAAAUAAUUUAAAAUGGAUUUUGACUCAAACUAAUUUACACUACUGGCUACUACCAUCUUGGGUGGAAGGAUUUAGUUACACUUCAGACGACGACGAAGACGAUCUUGAUUACACGGAUGAUUAUGAAAAUAGUCCGUUCGAUUCCUAUGGAGAAAAUGAAAAUUUGAUACCGACACUAAACGAAAAAAUUCCAGAGCAGUCCGUGAAUAAUAUAAACAUUCAACCUGAAAUUGUUUAUCCGGUUAACGUAAAUCCUUCGCCCGGAAAAAGAUUUUCGUCGAAUAAUUCAUCUCCCCGUCCCUGCGACAAGAGAGUUUUUUUGUACAACCUUCAGCCUGAUAGGCUCAAUACAAGUGGAAUAUUUAAUCCAUUAAAAGGAAAAUUAACGAAUUGUCAUGCGAGUGGUUGCGAAAGGCCUUUUAGUGUACAAAAAAUACCGCACAGCAAUUUAAUACUAUUAGUUGUAGACACUCUUUGCCCUUGUGGUAGCAAACAGUUAAGUAUAACUCCGCAAGAGGUUAUCUGGGAUGGAACUUCUUGCAGGAGGAAACCGCAAGAAUCUUUGUAUCGAAGAAGACCUCCUAAAUGUUUAAAUUACCAUCCCGAGGAAAUUGAAAUCCAUCACUGCGGGAAAGCCUGUGGGAUUUUAGCGUCAUCAUUUACAUUGUUGUCUAUUUCUUUAAUGGUGACUAAUAUAAACACACUUUAUGGAUAUUUAAGCUGGACUUCAUUAUUAUUGUUUAGUUAA